AUGGCUCCCAACAGACUGAUCGAAAACUUGUCUGCUCGCCACAAUCUACCUGCCAUGGCCAGUGACGCGGAACCUCCUGACACGCUGGACAUUACGAUGGGCGAGUCGGAUGAGGAGGAUAGUAUCGCUGAGCCCCGUCGUCCACUCAUUUCGGAUCUCCUUGACUCUCCUGGAUCUGCCCAGAUCUCCUUGCCUCUCCACUCUGCUUCUUAG